GCAGAGUGGAUGAGCGGCGGAGAGUGGAGCAUAGCCACAGCUACAGAGACAGUUGCGGUUCCACACAGCUCUCUGCAAGGCGAUCAGCUCGGUCCCUGCCGACACUCCACGGGAACUCUCGCCUCGCCAGUUAAUCGGACAGCAAGGAACAACUAUUAUCUUCGCUAGAAGAAAAAAAAUAAUACGGCGGUAGAUGUCUGGAAACCGGGUGCAGUUUGCAGGACUACCGCCCCCGGGAGAUGCGAAGGAACGCCACAAAGUAGCACAUCAUGGGAAAUCAAACUUGCGUGUAACCUCAUCAGAUGAUGCUGAGCGUAUUAAACCAAAGGAAACCCUCGCGAAUGGAAAUAACCGCGCUUCAAAUACUAAACUUGCUCGGAACAUUCCACGAAGGCACACUGUAGGUGGAGCUCGCAGUUCAAAAGAAAUAUUGGGAAUGCAGCCGUCAGAAAUGGACAGGAAAAGAGAAGCUUUCCUGGAACAUCUGAAGCAGAAGUACCCCCAUCAUGCAACUGCCAUUAUGGGGCAGCAGGAACGACUCAAAGAACAGAGCAGAAGCCCAAAGCAUUUAAGAAGUUCCCAGCCUGGUCUUGGGGAGCAGGCUGAGCACCUCUCAGUUGCAUCUGCAGAUUCCUUUGAAGCAAUGGCAGAGCCAGAGGCACCACAUCUUUUUAACAGAGGGACCCGCUUGCGUGCGAGCCUCCCAGUUGUUCGAUCAACCAAUCAGACAAAGGACCGAUCAUUGGGUGUACUGUAUCUUCAGUAUGGAGAUGAAAUGACACAAUUUACAAUGCCAAAUGAAAUCACAUCAAUGGAUACAGUUCAUGCACUCUUUGUACGUGCCUUCCCUAAACAACUCACAAUGAAGAUGCUGGAAUCUCAAAAUGUAGCUGUGUAUAUUAAGGAUGAAGCCAGGAAUGUAUUCUAUGAGCUAACUGACUUGAGGAACAUUCAAGACCGAGCACUAUUGAAGGUUUACCACAAGGAUCCUGCUCAUAUUUCUUUUAACCAUUCUUCAAGGGCUUUAAAUGGAGAUGUAAGAAUGCAGAGGGAGAUGGUUUACACAAAAGAAGCCCCUCCUUCCUUCCGCCACCAUGGUCCUCUUCCUCAUGGACCACCAAAUUCACCACCGAUAGCUCAGUCAAUGCCACCUUCACCGUCCAGGAUCCCGUACAAUGGAGGAAGGACCAUUCCUAUGCCAGGCAGUGCUACUGUCCCUCGGGACAGACUAUCCAGUGUGCCACCAUCAAGGUCCAUAUCCCCUAGUCCGAGUGCCAUCUUGGAGAGGAGAGAUGUGAAGCCUGAUGAAGAUCUGAGUGGUAAAAAUAUUCCCCUCUUCAGAAAUGAAGGUCUGUACGCAGAUCCUUACAUGUAUCACGAUGGACGGAUGAGCAUCGCUUCAUCCAGCGCUGGAAUCCCUGGGGAUGUUCCCGAUCACAUGCUGUACCACCGGCCUUCACUGAGGUCUGGCAAUCCAUACCCAAGCACCAGUGGACAAACUGAUAUGAUGGAACAGUCAAUGUACAGAACAAAGCCCAGAAAAUAUUCAGAUGGCUACGCACCAGCAGUUAGCUCCAAAACACCACCACCUUCUCCUCAGAAGUUAAGUGAAAUGCGCACGAUGGACAUCCAUGGACAGGGUAUUCACAUGGCUCACCCUACCCAGCUCGACAGAUCUUCUUCUAUGCGGAACUCCCUCAGGAAAGACUCUGGGCCACCAAUGGUUACAGAAACCGCAGUAAUCAAGUCGCGUAGUGCUGCUUCCUCACCUUCCAUUUCCGACGUUGUGCCGUUUUCAGCUGAUAAGCAAAUGGCAGGCUACAGUGGGGCCACUGGGACACCAAAUGAUCCAGAAACCAGGGAACGAAUGAAGGCCAUGGAGAAGCAGAUUGCUAGUUUGACAGGCCUUGUUCAGUCUGCACUGUUCAAGGGGGGCAGCGGUGCUAAAGAAAAUCCCAGUGAGAAGUUAAAAGUUACACCACAAGCCAGCAUCUCUGACACACAAGGUGCAACAAGUACAAUCUCCGGGGUUACUCUUGAAUCUUCGGGUAUGGCUGCCCAACCCUCGGCCUCCUGUCAGCAGCAAAUUCAAAAUAAUGUGUAUGAUUUACGAAGGAAUAUUCAUGACUUGCGCCUGCAGCUUCAGCAGUUGAGACAAUCACAGCUCACAAACCAAGAGACACUCAAAGCAAUGUUCAAGAAAGCAGAGUCUGAAAUCAAUGGCAGGGUAAUUGAAGCGGUGAGGAGAGCAGAGGACCCUCUGCAGAGACAACGUAUACUUGUGGAAGAGGAGCGACAGAAAUACUUGGCUGACGAGGAGAAAAUAAUACAGCAACUGUGUGGGUUGGAGAAAUCCAUAGAUGGUCUGAACAAGGAUGCCUCUUCCGCCCAGCAAAUGGUCACCUUAAAGGACGUGGAGGAGGGCGCAGUCGCACUGCGUCAUGUGGGCGAAUCACUGGCAGGUCUAAAAGUUGAAUUCCCCACUUUGCAGAAUAAAAUGCGGGCAGUUCUGCGAGUGGAGGUGGAAGCUGUGAAGUUUUUGAAGGAAGAGCCCCACAAGUUGGAGAGUCUACUAAAGAGAGUCAAGAGUAUGACGGAGGUGCUCACAAGUUUAAGGAGACAUGUAACUGAAGACCUUUUGAGAGGAGCAGAGUCCCCUCGUCCAUCACAGACAAGCAAUAUAGAAACUACUGUCACAGCUGCUGAGACUGAAAUUUCCAAAGAUUCUCCUUUGCGAGUUCAGGAGCCUGCUCAUGCUGCACAAGCAACUCUCCCUCUAAGCACCUCGAGCACGCUCACUGAGGCUCAGAAUUCCCUGGUGAAAUCAGAGUCGCAUUUGGUCGUCCACCAUGUUCAAAGUUCUCCUGUCCUAAUUCACCAAUCCCACCACUCAUCGGCGUUGGUUCACCCGACCCAAAGCCCCCUGGCCAUGCCCAAACAGCCACACAGUGUAUUAUCCAGUGUCCAGCCACAGCUUCAGAUCUCUCCAGCUGUGGUCAAACCAUCUCAGGAGUCAGCAGAUGGAGUAUCUCAGACCCAGAGUGCUGCAGUUCACCAGUUUCAGAGUCCACCAUCAAGUGCCCAGGCUCCUCCUGGUCAGAACAUAUUCUUCGAUGAAAUUCAAGCUGCGACAAAUACCAAAAAAGGCAUUCACCGAAAAAUGACCAUCGAGGCAGCAGAGAAAGAAUGGGAGGAAAAGAGGCAGAACAUGAAUCAGUAUGAUGAGAAGGAGUUUGAGCGACUUCUGGAGGAGGCACAAGCAAAUAUGAUGAAGGGAAUUCCUAGCCUGGAAGUAGAGCCUGAACAGAAACCAACUGCAAAGUCAGAGGAAGUGGACGGAAUCAAACAAUUAGAGGAGGUGCCAUUGUUUGAAGCAGGAAAUGAGAAGCCGAUAAAAUCUCCGCCACCGCCACCGCCACGCAGAUCCUAUCCACCUGGGUCUGGUCUGACAACAGCGAGGUCUGGAGAAGUGAUACUUACUGCCAAGAAAGAAAGUAGUCCUGUCACAUCUGAAGAGAAUAGCCCAGUGCUACUAAAAUCUCCAAGGAGUCCUGUGGAAGUGAAGGAUCUGACACUGACCUCUGCACCAAUAGCUGCUUCUGCCAUCAAAGAAGAUGAAGAUGAGGGCAACCGGAUAAUGGCAGAACUACAGGCUUUCCAGAAAUGUUCACUUAUGGAUGUAAGUUCCAAAACAGUUGUUGAACAUCCGAAAGUUGAAUUACAAGCCAGAGAUGUAAGGUCCACAACCUUAUCACCCCCUAAAGAAAAGAAGCAGAGACCAGACACUUUUGGCGAACAGGUUAUAUGCACAGAGAAUGAAUACAAGGCUGUGUUGGAUUCUAAAAUGGUUUCUUGUGAUACUACAAUGGCCUCCAACGUGUUUGUAUUCCAUAAUCAACCAGCACUUACUCAAAUGGAGCUUCAACCACAGAAUGAGAAUCCUUUGCCUUCAUCACUACAGAAGAAAACGACAAAAUAUUUAGAUGAAGAAGAGAAAUCUGUGCUCGAUCAGGCGUGGGUUGCCAUUCAAUCUGUUGAAAAUAAGGAAGAUGUCACUCUAGUGAAAGAGCUUAUGCCAGCAAUAAAAACUGAUGAAUUAAUUGUGAAGAUUGAUACAAAAAAUGGGCUGCAGGAUUUUGAUUCAGCGCAUGGAGCGGACAAGUCAGUGUGUACAAGUAUUUCCAUAUCUGAGGAGGUUGUUGGUCAGAGUCUUCACCCCAAGCUGAAGAAAACAAGUAUAGCGAUACCUCUACUACAGUCCACUAAAGUUCUAGACCAGCAUGACUCAUUUGCUAACAAAUGUGAACCGUUUGAAUGGGAAAUGCCAACAGCAGACAUGAGUACACAGAAAGAAAACUAUAGCCAGCAGGUGGUAUUGAGACAGAAGCCCCUCAGAAAUGUUACCAUUAAAUAUUUGGAUGAUGUUGAAUCUUCAAGCUCCUCUGGUGAAGAGUCCCCAACGAGUGACAACAUUGCAUUCAUGAUCACAAACACUGAGGUCCAGGCACUGUCCAGUGGGGAGGUUAAUGAAAUUGUGAAUAAGAAAGGGGAAUCCAUCCAGACUGUGAACGUAGAUGCAAAUCAAGAAAUGACAGCACAUCAAGAUAGUUAUCAGGAGGCUGGUCAGGAAGACUCAGUACUUUUUAUGGAUAGAAAACCAGUAAUUAUUAUCUUUGAUGAGCCAAUGGACAUCCGAUCGGCGUACAAAAGAUUGUCAACAGUGUUUGAAGAAUGUGAUGAAGAGUUAGAAAAGAUAAUGGCUGAAGAAAAAAUAGAAGAAGAGAACGAAGAAUCUGAAACAUCCAACCUUGCAGAAACAUUAGAAGAACCCACAAAGAUUAGUGAUGAAGUGCAAUUGAAAAGCAUUUCUCCUCCCAUGGAUUCAGUACCCAGUUUGGUGUGCGAUAAAACUAAUGGCCUGUUACACCUUGGUUCCGCUGAAGUCAGUGAACCAAAAGAAAGUAAAUCUGGUGCAAUAGAAGGUGAGGACCCAAAAUCAGAUUGUGUAGAAGGGGGCCCAUUUGCCAAUAAGGCAGACAACAAGAAAAAGUUUAAAUUCAAAUUCCCAAAGAAGCAGUUUGCAGCUCUGACCCAAGCUAUUAAAACAGGCACAAAGACUGGGAAGAAAACCUUGCAGGUCGUUGUUUAUGAGGAUGAAGAAGAACUCGAUGGAACAGUGAAACAGCAUAAGGAAGCUAAAAGAUUUGAAAUUGAGCAGUCGAAAAGCAAAGAUGAAGCCCCAGAACCAAGGCAACUUAGCUGCACUGAUGUGGCAUCUAAUCCAUCUAGAACUGACCAGAUUCGAAAAAAUACUUACAAGACCUUGAAUAGUCUUGAGCAAACCAUCAAACAGUUAGAAACAACUAUUAGUGAAAUGAGCCCAAAGAUGGCAGAGGAAAAGUACACAAUGUGCCCUUCAAACAUCAGUGAAUUAUCUCAAGGGCCUGUAUCAUGGGAUGAAUCCAAAUCUACUGAUUACCUAUUGCAUUCCACUGCAAAGGCAACUCAUACCACCAAGACCAAACCACCUCUCCUUCCAAAAAUCUCCACAAAAUCAAGUGAACAGCAGGGUUCAAGUCUGAUGUCCCCUGCCAGCAGAAUGCCUGUCUCUGUGGGAUCAAAAUUACGGCAGCAACAAGGAAAUACAGAAAAGGUGACGAAACAGAAGCUCCAGGACGCCCAGCGACAGUUCCGACAGGCUAAUGGAAGUGCUAAGAAACCUGGUGGGGAGACUAAGGCUACCUCCCCUACUUUACCUGCUUCUAAGAUCCCGGCCCUUUCUCCUGGCUCUGGGAAAAGUAGCUCUGUGUCUGGUUCUAGCAAUGAAAGCACUAACCAUCCCAGUACUUCCAGUAAACAUCCCUUAUCCACUGCUAAUUCCCUCGCUCCAACUUCAGGGCGUAAUGCCCAAGUUCCAUCUGUGUCCCAUAUUCCUUCUACCUCUAAUGGCUCGCUUAAGCUUCAUGCUCAUAGCCCUGCCAUAAUGGGCAGAGGACAGCCUCUUUCUUUUCCAAAUGGCAGACCCUCUUCAUCUUCCUCAUCCUCUUGCCCAUCCCCGGUUUCUCCGACCUCACUGACUCAAGGGGCGAAGAGUAUCCGGACAAUCCAUACUGCUAGUUUUGCAAGCUACAAGCAACAGAACAUCAACCCCAGCAAAUCCACCGUCAAAGAAACGGCAUAGAGGCAUGUUGGAACCCUUCCAUCUUUAACUUUUUUUUCAAAAAGUUACAGUAGAAUGCUUUUCAUUUCAUUAUGAUUUUGUAAAGUUCCUCACAUAGUUGCAUUCAGCGUAGCCAGAAUUAACAGAUUGUUGUAAACCUGCGAACACUGAAUUCCUUGUGUGGUUUCAAUGGAAAUGUGAAGUAACUUGCAGUGUUUCUCCUGUAAAUAAUUAUUUUAGUUGAGCAGAUUCAGAAUCAGGUGGUAUAAUAAAAGAUUGGGUGUUGAGGUAUAAUGAAUAUAGUAGCAAAGACAUUCACCUGCUGGCAACAUUUUUUUUUCAAGCACAUUGUUUUGUAUUCAGAGUAUAUUUUCACAUUGUGCAGUUGGCAUUGCUUUAACUGUUGUAAAGUUUGAAUAACGGACACUGGGAUACUGAUAUUAAAGCUAAGGCAUAAAUUAUUCCAUACCAAAACAUCACAAUAGGAGGGUGGGGGUGGGGGAAAGCUGGGGAACUGUAACAGAGUCAAAGGCGAAACAGUGACAAGGCAACUGCACACACAGUUUGCACUGAAUUAAACUUAUUCAGUAUAUUUGUUAUUAGACUGCUAUAGUAAGAAUAUGACAUAAAUGCUUUAUUUAAUGCUUGUUUCUUAAUCCUAGCAAAUGGAUUUUACCUGCAGCUAAUAAUGUUAAGUCACAGACAGCUACUUGUAGCUUAAGGAGACAAUAUGUUGCAUUUUUGUUGACCAUAACUAGCUACAUAUUUCAUUAAAGCAAGAAGUAAUCAAUACUCCCAAUUAAGGCUCCAUUUCCACUAUUGGGAGUUCUUAUAAAUAAAAAUGCUUCACAUGAUGAUGAAAAAGGGAUGUGAUAAUGCCGAUCAAAUACUUUGUUUGGAUGAGUGCAAGACUGGUGUAAUGUUGUAGAUAUACUAUCUGUGUUGUACUGCCAUUCUCUCAAUAAUAAAAAUAUAAGUAUUGCUUUUUUUGGAGUGAUGGAUGAAAUGCUGUUUCCUAUUUUGCAUCAGUUUUCAUGUAAAGCUAACUAUUCUUUUUAAUUGCUGCAAACUUUGUUUGUACUUCCAUUUAAUAGUCCUUAAGAUAUAGUUAUACAAUUGUUUUGAAACUAAUUUUUUUGCCUAGUUUCAUGAAAGUGAAUGCUAGUUGCAGUUACUUAUUAAAAAAAUGUUAACCUACAUUAAGAGACUUGUAAAACUGGCAAACCUAUAUGUUUUGUGUGUAUAUGAAGUUAUACACAAUAUCUGCUUAUAAAUCUGCAGGGAUGCUUAUAGUUCUCACUCUAGUACCAAAGUUUGUUUAUUUGCAUGUCUUUUUAUUAUAAGAUAUAUUUUAAGAAACAGAUGGGUAUAUGUGAUCUAUAAGAUGGGGCAUGUUUGCACAUCCAGAGGUUUUUUUUGUACAUAGUUUUGUUAUUUGUAAAACAUAUUAUAUUGUAAAAUACAGCAUUGUGGUGAACUGCAAACUCUAGCCUUGUCAAGAAGCAAUGAAAUAAAGGGCCGCAUGCUUGUAGUUCUA